AUGCCUCACAGACGGAGAGAUCCAAGGCCGGGAGUGCUUAUUACUGAGCCAGUACAACAAUCAGUUUCUAUAGUUGAACCAGCCCAAGUUCAAGAAGAUGUUCAAAUCCCAAUCAUUGAACCAGCCCCGGUUCAAGAAGAUGUUCAAGGUCAAAUUGCUGAAUCAGCACAGGUUCAUCAAGAUGCUCAGAGCCCCAAUUUUAAUGAUAACUUUAAUUUCAUAGUAAAUGAGGAAACCUAUGCUUCAGGAAGUUCUUCUGCUCCACCACCUCCAGAGCACGAUGAUGUAUCCAUUAAGCCGGCUAAGAUUCUUGCUUUUCAAGACUCUAUUCCUCAGUUGAUAGGAAAGGGUAUAUAUAUUGGUUAUGGUCAAGGAGUUGAUGAGGAAUCACAACACACUAUCUCUGAGCUUAGACAAGAGAUACUGAUUUUGAAGCAGGAAUCCAUUGAAAAGGAUCUGCUAAUCGGGAAUUCUGAGAGUGGAAAAGCACCUGAGACUUCUGAGAGGGUGGUGGUUAGACCUGCCCCAGAUUCAACCAUUGAUCAAUAUUUAUCUUCUGGCCCUGCUACAGUUGAAGAGAAAAAGGAGAAAUAG